AUGGAUGAACCUAGACCACGCCGGCGCACAUACAGAGGACACCGUCGAAAUUCAUUCCAGGCUUCAGAUGUCAACGAGCUCGUCGAGAUUCGGGCGAGACAACGUACGUUCCACGGAGCAUACAGCCGCACCGCUCUCGGAGCUCUAGGAUAUUCAUUGACCAUCUUGCGCCUUUUCGAACGCGCAUUCCACCGAAUUGGGCUACUCUUUGCCAUUCUCGGAGGCUUGUUAUUCGUGCUCGCAUUCUUCCGCUCGCGACACUCCUACCACGACUUUGCGGACCGACACAAAGAAGCUCAUAAAGUUGACCAGUGCAUCAAAACAAAAGGCCAAGAAGGGACGCGCAUCUUUGGUCGCCCGUUCGUCACAGCUGGUUGGAUUGUAUUGCAGGUAACAUUUAUAGUCGCCGCCGUCGAGAUCGCGCUUCUCGUCCUCAUCCUCCGGCAUCACAUUAACACCUGA